GGUAUAUUCCUUUGAGAGACUUAUCUAUAUAACAUGGUAGUUUGUUUAACUCAAUUUUUGUGCUGUCGUUUGUUAUCUGUUUUCCCGCCAUCCAAAAUAAACACUUUUGAAGCUUGAAAACAUUGUAACAAUGUCUGCCUUUGUUGGAAAGUAUGCAGAUGAGCUUAUCAAGAAUGCCAAGUACAUAGCCACACCAGGGAAGGGAAUCUUGGCAGCAGAUGAGAGCACAGGCACCAUUGGCAAGCGGCUUGCAAGCAUCAAUGUUGAGAACAUUGAGGCCAACCGCCAAGCGCUGCGCGAGCUCCUCUUCACCUCCCCUAAUGCCCUCCCAUACCUCUCUGGCGUCAUCCUCUUCGAGGAGACUCUCUACCAAAAGACUUCUGAUGGAAAGCCUUUUGUUGAGGUCCUCCAAGAGAACAAUGUCAUCCCAGGCAUCAAGGUGGACAAGGGUGUUGUGGAAUUGGCCGGAACAAAUGGCGAAACCACCACUCAAGGCUUUGACUCUCUUGGUGCAAGGUGCCAGCAAUACUACAAGGCCGGUGCACGAUUUGCCAAGUGGCGUGCCGUGCUGAAGAUAGGCCCAACCGAGCCUUCUGAGCUGUCCAUCCAGCAGAAUGCGCAGGGAUUGGCUCGCUACGCCAUAAUUUGUCAGGAGAAUGGGCUUGUCCCCAUUGUUGAACCUGAGAUUCUGACUGAUGGGAAUCAUGACAUAGCUAAGUGUGCUGCUGUUACUGAAACUGUUCUUGCUGCUGUUUACAAGGCACUCAAUGAUCAUCAUGUUCUUCUUGAGGGAACCCUCCUCAAGCCCAACAUGGUUACCCCUGGCUCUGAUAGCCCAAAGGUUCCCCCAGCAGUGAUUGCUGAGCACACAGUCACUGCACUGCGCAGAACCGUCCCAUCGGCGGUACCAGGGAUUGUGUUCUUGUCUGGUGGACAAAGUGAAGAGGAGGCUACAUUGAACCUUGAUGCAAUGAACAAGUUGGAGGUGCUGAAGCCAUGGACUCUGUCAUUGGCGAAUUCGGAGGCUACUCUUGGCAAGUAUGGUGGUGGAAGUGGAACUGGUUUGGCUUCUGAGAGCUUGUUUGUAAAGGGCUACAAGUAUUAGUUAGCCUCAAAGUGGAGUUUGGAGAUUGAUUUGGAAUGUGUAUGAUGCUGCUACUUAAGCCUUUUUCUUCUGAUUAACUUGUUUUAUUUUUUGGAUACAUACAUACAUAUGUUAUAAAUUUCAAAGUUUAUAUAUUUAUAGGAGCUGAUUGUAAGUAA